CAAACUCAAAGUCACGACUUGCAAGUCGCGCGAGGGGUGCGCCAAGGUGGUGCCAGUAGGGCGAAACAGAGGAUUUGGGGACGUUUAUUUGUCUUGCAGUUAUCACGAGCGCCUUAAUUGCUCCCUCGCCGCCUGCUGACCCACCGGGUCGCGCACCUGGAGCUCCAAGCGCGCGGACGACUUCCGUGAGCCAUGGUUGGUUGGCAGUAGACUGCGGGCGAGUUUACGCUGUUCCGAGGCGGGGCGAGGAUGCAGGGCGAGGAUGCCUACGGUGUGUGCGAACUGCGGGCGCCUCAGCCUGCGCCGCAAGGAGCUGCCGCAGGGUGGCGCGGACUUCCACGUCCUGGUCUGCAACGACUGUCACACGACGUGGGACCGUGACGAGAACGCGGCCCUCAACAUGCGGCUGAUGUUGGUCCUGCAGCUCCUGGGCCGCGACCGGCCGGCGGUCUUCUGCCGGCAGGAGGGCGGCGUUGACUAGUUGAAGUUGACUGGUUGAUGGAGUUCCCCUGACCCGCUGCCGCCUCCCGACCCCCGGUGCGGGGUCGCGUGCGGUGUCUGAGCGAGGCGCUCUUUAGUUGCAACCAGCCUGUCUAAUAACCAGGUGUGUUUGAGGUGACGCCUUGAGGCAACGCCUUGCAGUAAAUGGCUGUGCGGGAGCGCUGAGACGGACAUCGUUGCGAUUAGGAGGUUGGUUUGUGUGGUCAGGGGUUAGGAGAUUAGUGUUGAGAGAGCGGCCAUGACAAGGAGUGCCGUGCCGUGAAACACGGCUCACCAUCCAUUGAAGACACCCUUAAGUGGGGACAAGUGGCGGUGAAUGACUGCGCGGCAUCGCGGCGCAACAGGCAUGCAGCGUUGGCUGGACUGGAUGGACGAGCCUCCUCCUGCGCGGCUGAGGAGUAUGGUGCUUGGUGCUUGGCCGGAGGCUGCCGAUGGACCUGUAGGGGUUUCCGGCCUCAAACCACCCCACCCCUGGACCCCGGCAAGAGACGCAACCGACUCAAGUUCCGCUGUCUGGUCCAGCACUGGGUUGAGCCCAACACACUUUCUGACAGUAGUGUAACUCAACCCCUGG